CUUUUACCACCAUAGAAGAAGAACCGAUGCCGAAGAAGAAGACAUACGUCAGACUGGACAGAGUGUAGACCAGUUUCGGGAUAAAUCUUUCCCGUUGUUUUGUCUUCUGAGAAAGUUUAAAAUUGUUAAAAUGAGCAAGUUUAACGGACCGGUGGAAAGUGAGGCUUAUGAAAUCGAUGAGCCAAGCGACGAAGAACGCGCUUCGAGCAGCUCCGAGGACGAGCUGGACGUGCUGCUGAACGGGACGCCGGACCAGAAGAAGAAGCUGAUCCGGGAGUACCUGACCGGGGAGAGCGAGUCCUCCAGCGGGGAUGAGUUUGAGAAGGAGAUGGAGGCAGAGCUGAGCUCCACCCUCAGGACCAUGGAAGGAAGCUGGGCCCCUGCAGCCGCAGAAACUGGAGGAGGCAGCGAGGUUGUCGGUUCCUCCAACCCUCAGAUGUACGACAGCGUUUACUUUGACUCUGAUUCAGAGGAGGAGGACACAGCUGGCAGCUCUUCGGCUCGCAGGCGGAAGCGGCGCCUCAUUCCCAGCAACGACGAGCUGCUGUACGACCCGGAGGAGGACGACCGGGACCAGGCCUGGGUGGACGCCAGGAGGCGCGGCGGCAGGACACACGCGGCUGCGGCCGCGGCACGCCGCUCCGGUGCUCAGGGCUUACCGAGAAGCGACGCCGUACUCAACUGUCCCGCCUGCAUGACCACGCUGUGCCUGGACUGUCAGCGACACGAGACGUACCGCACGCAGUACCGAGCCAUGUUCGUGAUGAACUGUGUGGUGAAGACGGACGAGGUGCUGCACUACAAAAACCCAUCAGAGAGGAGGAAGAGGAGGAGGGGACAGAAACCGGAGGACAGCCAGGCCUCGGCUGAGACGUACCGGCCGGUGCAGUGCUCCCAGUGCUCCACAGAGGUCGCCGUUUUCGACAAGGACGAGGUCUACCACUUCUUUAACAUCCUGGCGAGCCACUGCUGAGCCGCCCGCUGGCUCCUCCCACCACAGGAUCAGCUGCUUCGCCUCGUCGACUUGAUGCAAGAGAACCGCAGUGAUCAUUCCGGCAGAGACUCUAAAGCGGAUGUGGUUUUAUGUGGUUCUCCUGAUCUGCUGCCAUCAGACGACACCUGACAGGUGUUCCCAUCGGCGCGUCCGUCUGCCCUUCUUUGGAGCAACCGAUGCUAAACUCCAGACAUUUUCUUUUCCUGAUGGUCGGGAAGACGCGAUGAGAGCCAGAGAGAAGCAGAUGAGUUUGUUGGACUGAAAUGGUUGAUGCUGGGCCCACUCCACCACAGCCCCCACAUGUGGGACACAGUUGAACACUAGUUCUCAGCAGAAGCGGCAACGUGGUCUUCAGAGGAAGCUCAGUGAGAAGUGAAAGAGGCUUUGUUAGAUCCCUCAGUGUCGUCUCCAUCCUGAUGGUUGGGGCUCCACAGCUGCAGAUUCAGAUCAUUUUUUCCUCUGUUUUCACCUGACUUCUGCUCCCACAAAGAUCUGUUGGUGGAGCAUCUGUGAAUGAGCAAUCUGCGGCGUGAGGAAGAGGAGCCUUGCUGCUGUUUGGGAAUCUUCAUGCCGAUAAAGCUCCUGGUUCCUUUUAAUGAUGGAGGUUUUCUUCAUCCUUUCAGACUUAAAGCUCUGACUCCUGCCAAAACACGGUGAUGUGUAGAAAACGCUGAAGAUCUGGUGGGAUCAGACAGAAAAGAAUGUUCUCUUUUAAACUCUGAUAAAAUAUCUUUUUCUAUAUAUUGACAUGUUCUUAUUUCAUAAAAGUUUAUCAGGAAAACACUCAGAAACAGAAAGUCAUGUUCACAGUUCAGGUUGGUUCUUUUUUCCUUUUCGAGGUUUUAUUUUGAGACAUAGUUUAUGAGCAUGAAUGUAUCUUAAUGGAGGUUAGGAAGUCCUCAAGACUUCUUAGCACAAACACAUGGAGAUGAGUCCGUUGAAAUGAAAAUGUUUUGCAGAAUCUGCGUCCAACCCAGAAGUCUGAGAUUAAACGCCUCAACAUCUCUCAAUAAAACAAUGUUUCGGGUA